AUGGGAACACCUAAGAAUCAAGUUCGCCAGGAGUUUCAGGUACUGGAAGAGCAGCCUAUUGGUACCUAUGUUGGGACGAUAGAAACAAAACCAAGUUUCACGUACCGAUUUAGCGAGAACCACAAACUUUUCGCAAUUAAUGGCACGACUGGCGUUAUAUACACAUCUUCGGUGAUUGACAGAGAAGUUUUGCAAAGUAACAUUAUCAACGUUGUGGUGCUGUCCAGUCAGCCGACAUAUCCCACUGAAGUUCGGAUAGUCGUGCUUGACAUUAACGACAACUCGCCAGUGUUUCCAGACGCGUCAAUUGUGGUGUCAUUCAAGGAGGACGCGAGCAGUGGCAGGCAAGUUAUCCUUGAUACAGCCACAGACACAGACAUCGGGAGCAACGGAGUUGAUCAUACGACCUACAGAAUAGUAAACGGGAAUGAGCAGAGGAGGUUCCGUUUGGAUAUUACAGUCAACCCGAGCGGCGAGGGCGCAUUUCUCCAUCUGGUUUCAACUGGCGGCUUGGAUAGAGAACUAACUCCUUUUUAUCAACUCCUGAUUGAGGUUGAAGACAAAGGCGACCCCAAAAGAUUUGGCUAUUUACAAGUCAAUGUUACCAUCCAAGAUAUUAAUGAUAAUCCCCCCAUUUUCGAAAAAGACCAGUAUCAGACCAGUAUUUUUGAAGAUGCAGCCAUAGGCUCUAAUGUGUUGCAAAUAACAGCCUCAGACCAGGAUGAGGGGGCCAAUGCAGACAUAAGAUAUUUUUUAGAUGAGGGCACACCUUUUCAGAUUGACCCCAAAGAUGGUACUAUAGUAAUAAAGGAAGGCCUGGAUUAUGAAAGCAAGAAGGAAUACUCUUUAACUGUGCAUGCAAUGGACAAUGGGGUGCCCUCUCUUUCAGGCAGGGCAGAGGCCACUAUAAAACUCCUGGAUGUAAAUGACAACGACCCAGUAGUGAAGUUUAGAUACUUCCCCACCACUUCCAAGUUUGCCUCUGUGGAUGAGAAUGCACAGAUAGGCACAGUGGUGGCCUUGUUAACUGUUUCAGAUUCAGACUCCCCCACAGCCAACGGCAACAUAUCCGUCUCAAUCUUGGGCGGAAAUGAACAGAGGCACUUCGAGGUGCACACAUCUCCUGUUCCUAAUUUGAGCUUAAUUAAGGUGGCCAGUGUGUUAGACAGGGAGCGUAUCUCCUCCUAUAACCUGACCGUCUCUGUAUCAGACAAUGGCAAGCCCAUGGCCAGGUCGUCCAUAGCCAGCCUGGUUAUUUUUGUGAAUGAUAUCAAUGACCACCCGCCCAUUUUCCAGGAAGCCCAGUACAGAGUGGAUAUCAGCGAAGACAUUCCGAAAGGCAGCUACAUUAGAGGAGUCUCUGCAACAGAUGGCGACUCCGGGCAGAAUGCCAACCUGCGCUACUCCUUGGUGUCUGGAAACGCUUUGGGCUGGUUCGCCAUCAGUGAAAACAGCGGUCUGGUUACCAGCGCCGCGCUGCUGGAUCGCGAAGUGGCGUCGGCCGUCGUGCUCAACAUCAGCGCCAAGGACCAGGGCCUGCAGCCCAAGAUCUCCUACACCACGCUGGUGGUGAACGUCACCGACGUCAACGACCAGAUCCCCACCUUCACGCAGAGCACGUACCGCGUGACCCUGGUGGAGCACUCCCCGGCCGGCAGCGAGCUGCUCGUCCUGUCGGCCACAGAUGGCGAUCUCGGGGCCAACGGCACCGUCCGCUUCUCGUUUGACCCCGAAACCCCGGCCAGCCUGCAGGACAUGUUCCGCUUGGACUCGGUGUCUGGCAGGCUCAGCACCGCCGUGGAGCUGGACAGAGAGGAGCAGGAGUCGUAUUUGUUGCACAUUAAAGCCACAGACGCCGGCAGGCCUCCGCUGCACUCCGCGGGGAGAGUAAACAUCACCCUCCGAGACAUAAACGACAACCGGCCUGUCUUCUAUCCGGUGCAGUAUUUCGCCAACGUCAAGGAGAACGAGCCGGCCGGCACGCACGUCACCGGCGUGUCCGCCACCGAUCCCGACCUCGGCGUGCACGGCACGGUCAAGUAUCAGAUUACCGCCGGGGACACUUUUAAGUUUCACAUCAACAGCGAAACGGGCAAAAUAACCACUCUAGUCCCGCUGGACAGGGAGGAGAAGACGGCCUAUCAGCUGCAGGUUACAGCCACCGACGGAGGGGGCCUGCGUGCAGACACUCAGGCUAUUGUCACUGUCAACGUGAUAGACACACAGGACAACCCACCCACCUUCACACAGCGCGUCUACAGCUUUGUCAUGUUUGAAAACGUGGCUCUAAAGGCUGUCGUAGGCACCGUCUCUGCGUCCACUGUGGAUCUGAACACAAACAUCACCUACUUAAUCGCCUCGGGCGAUCAAAGGGGCCUGUUCUCUGUGAACGGCGCGACGGGGGAAAUCCUGGCGGCGGGCCUUAUCGACAGGGAGGAGCAGGCUUUCUACCAGCUGAAAGUGAUCGCCCGGGGAGGGGACGUGACGGGCGACGCGCUCGUCAACAUCACGGUGAAGGACCUGAACGACAACGCGCCGCGCUUCAUGCACGCGGUGGAGCACGUCAGCGCCGUGGAGAACUGGAGCACCGGUCACCAGAUCUUCCAGGCCAAGGCCUCGGACCCGGACGAGGGCAGCAACGGCGCCGUGGCCUACAGCCUGAAGCAGAACCCCAAGGGCCUGUUCCACAUCCACGAGAAGCACGGCCUCAUCACGCUCACCGGGCCCCUGGAGGUCACCACCAGCUCCUAUCAGGUGGAGGUGCUGGCCUCGGACAUGGGCGUCCCCCGGCGCACCUCCAGCCUCAUACUGACCGUCAGCGUCUAUGACGUCAACGACAACGCCCCGGUGUUCGACCAGCUCUCCUACGAGGUCAUCAUCCUGGAGUCGGAGCCCGUGAACAGCCGCUUCUUCAAGGUGGAGGCCACGGACAAAGACUCGGGCCUCAACGGCGAGAUCGUGUACGACAUCGCGGGCGGCAACACGGGGGACGUCUUCGGCGUCUUCCCGGAUGGGCAGCUGUACAUCAAGACGGAGCUGGACAGGGAGGUCCAGGACAGAUACAGCCUGCUGGUGGUGGCCAAGGACCGGGCCGUGGAGCCUCUCACGGCCAGCGUGAACGUGACGGUGAUCCUGGACGACGUGAACGACAACCGGCCGCUCUUCAACAGCACCAACUACGUGUUCCACUUCAAGGAGGAGCAGGCGCGCGGCUCGCUGGUGGGCCGCGUCUUCGCCGAGGACAAGGACUUCGGCCCCAACAGCGAGGUGCGCUACGCCUUCGAGACGCCGCAGCCCAACUUCGAGCUCAACGCCAUCACGGGCGAGCUGACCAGCACGCUGCGGCUGGACCGCGAGUCGCUCAUGAGGCAGCGCGGCGCCGCCGUCUUCAGCUUCUCGGUGGUCUCCUCGGACCAGGGCCUGCCCAGGCCCCUCCGCGACCAGGCCAAGGUCCAGGUCUACGUCCAGGACAUCAACGACAACGCGCCCAAGUUCACCAAGGACAUCUACCAGGCGUCCAUCUCCGAGCUGGCCCAGAACCUCACGCAGCUGCUGCGGGUGUCCGCCUCCGACGUGGACGAGGGCAAGAACGGCCUCGUGCGCUACCGCAUCCAGGAGGGCAACGAGGAGGCCCAGUUCACCAUCGACGGCGGCUCGGGGCAGGUCACGCUCGUGGGCAAGCUGGACUACGAGGCCACGUCCUCCUACUCGCUGAAGAUCGUCGCGGUGGACUCGGGCGACGACACGGCGCCGCUCUCCUCCUCCUGCAUGCUGAGCGUGGGCGUGCUGGACGAGAACGACAACACGCCGGCGUUCCCCAAGGCCACGGUGGCGGUGGACGUGCUGGAGAACAUGCGGAUCGGCGAGCUGGUGGCCUCGGUGACCGCCACGGACUCCGACUCGGGCCAGAACGCCGACAUCACUUACAGCAUCACGGCCACCAACAACCACGGCACGUUCAGCAUCAGCCCCAACACGGGGAGCAUCUUUCUGGUCAAACGGCUGGACUACGAGACGCAGUCUGUUUACAAGCUGAACAUCACCGCGAAGGACAACGGGAUGCCCCCCAAGUCCUCCACCAUACCUGUGGUGAUUCAGGUGCGAGACUUUAACGACAACCCCCCCAUAUUCUCCGCAGGGGAUAUUUUUAAGUCCAUCACCGAAAACAUCCCGUUGUCCUCGUCUGUUAUGACUAUCAUCGCACACGACACGGACGCCGAUAUCAACGGACAGCUGGAGUACUCCAUUGUUCAGCAGACACCGAGAGGAAGCCACUUCCGCAUCGACCCCAGCUCCGGGGUGAUCUACACAAACAACAAGAUCGACAGAGAAUUUUCCAACCUCUUUGAGUUGACAGUCAAAGCGACCGACCAGGCAUUUCCUGUUGACUUCCGCCGUUACGCUUUGAAGAAUGUGACCGUAUGGGUGACGGACUUGAACGACAACGUGCCCACAUUCCUCUCCCAGAAUGCACUGGUGGCCGAGUCCAACAUCGUCAUCGGCUCCAUCCUGACCACGGUGGUGGCCUUUGACCCCGACGACGGGCCCAACGGCGAGGUGGAGUUCGAGCUGGUCAAGGGCGACUCGGACACGUUCAUCAUGGACCGCUACAGCGGCGACAUCCGCCUGGCCUCUCAGCUCAUGCCCUCCAAGCUCGUCUACAGCCUGACCGUCUCCGCCACCGACCACGGCGCCGAGCGCAAGACCUCGCGCACCGAGCUGACCAUCAUCCUGCCCGGCGCGGACGGGCCCGUCUUCUCCCAGCCCAAGUACAUCACCAUCCUCAAGGAGGGCCAGCCGCCGGGCACCAACGUCAUCUCGCUGGAUGCCUCCAGCCCCCGCGGCUCGACCACCAAGGUGGAGUACUUCAUCGUGUCGGUGCGCAGCGGCGGCAAGGCCGUCGGGAGGCUCUUCACCAUCGGACGCCGCACGGGGGUCAUCCAGACGGCCCGCGAGCUGGACAGGGAGCAGGGCGCCGACCUCUACCUGGUGGACGUGUACGCCAUCGAGACGGACGCCAGCCAGCCCCGCACGCAGAGAGCCGAGGUGGAAAUAACGCUGCAGGAUGUCAAUGACAACCCACCUGUUUUUCCGACCGAUAUUCUUGAUGUGACCAUCGAGGAGAACAUUGGUGAUGGAUUCAAGAUAAUGCAGCUAACAGCAACGGAUGCUGACGAGGGACCCAAUGCCCUGGUCACCUACACCAUCAUCAGCGGCGCGGACGACAGCUUCCGCAUCGAUCCAGAGUCCGGCGAUCUGAUCGCCACAAAGAAGCUCGACCGCGAGCGCCGCUCCAAGUACUCGCUGCUGGUGCGUGCCGACGACGGGAAGCAGUCCUCCGACAUGAGGGUGAACAUUACGGUCAGCGACGUCAACGACCACACCCCCAAGUUCUCCAGGGCCACAUACUCUUUCGACAUCCCCGAAGACACUGCGCCAGGAUCCAUUGUGGCGGCCAUUUUGGCGAGCGAUUCCGACUCUGGGGUGAACGGGGAAAUCACCUACUGUCUGGAGGAGGACGACGAAGACAACACCUUCCUGCUCAACCCGGUGACGGGCGUGUUCAACGUAACGCGGCCUCUGGACUACGAGUCUCAGCAGUACUACAUCCUCACCGCGAAAGCGGUGGACGGGGGCGGACAGGCCAGCACUGUCCGGGUCUACUUCAACGUCCUGGACGUCAACGACAACCCUCCCAUCUUUAACACCAGCGUCUACAGCACAUCGGUGACCGAGAGCCUGCCGCCAGGGUCCAACGUGCUCACAGUAGGGGCCAGCGAUGCUGAUGAUGGCCCCAAUGCCCAGAUGUUCUACACUAUUGCCUCGGGGGAUCCCCAGGCCCAAUUCCACAUCUCCAAGACCGGCGCCCUGCAGACCAAGAAGGCGCUGGACAGGGAGGCCCAGUCGUUCUACAACCUGGUGAUCACCGUCAACGACAUGGCGGAGCCGCCCGCGGCCCGCUUCACCAGCACCGCCCAGGUGUCCGUCAUCCUGCUGGACGUCAACGACUGCUCGCCGAGCUUCACGUCGCAGAAGAUGACCUACAUCCAGGAGAACACGCCCGUGGACACGGUGGUGUUCACCGCCAACGCCGUGGACGCCGACAGCGGGCCCAACAGCUACGUGGAGUACUCCCUGCGCGGGCCCUUUGGGAAUAAGUUCAGCAUCGGGACCAUCGACGGGGACGUGAAGCUGGUCGGGGAGCUGGACCGCGAGGAGCUGGCCAACUACACCCUGACGGUGGUGGCCACGGACAAGGGCGAGCCGCCGCUCUCGUCCGCCAUGGACGUGACCAUGAUCGUGCUGGACGUCAACGACAACACGCCCAGCUUCUCGCAGAACAUCUACGACAUCGAGAUCGAGGAGAACACGCUGACGGGCACCGACGUGCUCCAGGUGUACGCCAGCGACGCCGACGAGGGCACCAACGGGCAGAUCCGUUUCUCCAUCGUCGGCGGGAACACCAACACGGACUUCCGCAUCGACUCGGUCACGGGGAUCAUCUCCGUGGCGAAGCAGCUGGACCGGGAGGUGAGGUCAUCCUACUCGCUGGUGGUCCAGGCGGCGGACCGCGGAAGCAGCCCGAGGGUGGACCGCACCACCGUCAACAUCGUCCUCACCGACGUCAACGACUGUUCGCCGACGUUCGAGCUGUCGCCGUACAACGUCAACGUCCAGGAGAACCUGUCGAAACUGCCCAAAAACAUCCUCCAGGUUGUGGCCAGGGAUGAUGACCAGGGUUCAAACGGUCAGCUCAGCUACACGCUCAGCGGUGGCAACGAAGAGGGAGCGUUCAGCCUCUCGUCCAGCGGCCAGCUCAGCGUCAUUCACACGCUGGACAGGGAGGCGCGGGAGAAAUACACCUUGAUAGUCACGGCCAUCGACUCAGGAUCGCCAGCCUUGAGUGGCACAGGCACCGUCACUGUGCUCGUGGACGACGUCAACGACAACGUCCCGGCCUUCACGUCCGCCACCUUCUUCACCACCAUCCCCGAGGACGCCCCCACAGGCUCGGACGUGCUGCUGGUCAACAGCUCCGACGCAGACGUGGGCCUCAAUGGAGUGAUCAGUUACAGUCUGACCGGUGGCAGCGGGCAGUUCUCCAUUAACCCGGCCACGGGCCAGAUCAUCACCAGCUCCCUGCUGGACCGGGAGGCGAGGGCCAGCUACCAGCUGCUGGUGGUGGCCUCAGAUGGCGGCCAGCCCAAGGGCCUGUCCAGCUCCGCCACCGUCUCCGUGGUGGUGGCCGACAUCAAUGACAACCCCCCGCGCUUCCAUCACCACCCCUACGUCACGCACAUCCCAGCGUCCACCUCAGCAGGCUCUCUGGUGUUUGCGGUCACAGUCACAGAUGAAGAUGCAGGAUCCAACGCCCAGCUCCACUACUCCCUCUCCGGCCGCAACUCAGAGAAGUUCAAGAUCGACCCCCUGAGGGGCUCCAUCACGGCUAACGAGAAGCUGGUGGGCAACUCAGAGGUCACCUUCACCGUCCGAGUGAAAGAUGGCGGCAGGGACCCCAAGACCGACACCACCACUGUGACCGUCCGAUUCGUCACCGGCGGCGACUUCCCCGUCAUCCGGCUGAAAGAGAAGAGCUUCACGUUCCCCGAGAGCCAGCCGGUCGACACUGUCGUCACUACCGUCUCCGGGGCGUCCACCAGGGGCGGACAGUUGUCCUAUUACAUCGCCAGCGGCAACCUGGACAGCGCCUUCCACGUCGAUCAGUUGUCAGGCGAGCUGUCAAUCAAAAACUCACUGGACUAUGAGAACAUACAGACAUAUGUGCUGUGGAUUGAGGCCAGAGACCAGGGUUUCCCUCCCUACUCGGCCUAUGAGAGAGUGGAAGUGAAUGUGCUGGAUGUCAAUGACAAUCACCCCGUUUUCGAGAGAGACAACAGCUUCAGCAUCAACCGGGUGACGGGGGCCAUCCGCACCACCAAGCCCCUGGACAGAGAGAAGGCGGCUCAGUACGCUCUGAGGGUCAAAGCCACUGACCGGGGCAGCCCUCCAAAGAGCACCGCCGUUAAAGUCCUGAUUAAUGUCCUGGAUGUGAACGACAACGCACCACGCUUCUCUAAGAUCUUCAGCGCCUCGGUGCCAGAGAACGCGCCGGUAGGGUACACCGUCACCCGCGUGACGACCACCGACGAGGACGCUGGCGCCAACGCCAUCAGCAAGUACUCCAUCACCGACACAACUCCGUUCGCCAUCAAUCCGAGCACAGGGGACAUAACCAUCAGCAGACCCCUGAACAGGGAAGACACAGACCACUACAUUGCCAAAGUCUCUGCCCACGACUCUGGCUGGACUGUGAGCACGGACGUGACGAUAUUCGUCACCGACAUAAAUGACAACUCGCCGCGCUUCAGCCGGCCCUCGUACUACCUGGACUACCCCGAGAUGACCGAGGUGGGCUCUGUGGUGACGCAGGUGUCGGCCACAGACCCCGACGAGGGUUUCAACGGGAAGAUCUUCUACUUCAUCAGGUCUCAGUCGGAGUACUUCCGGAUCAACUCCAGCUCUGGGGAAAUCUCCAUCAAGCAGCAGCUCAUGUAUCAGAACUCCACCGGACACGGCAAUCUCAACAUCAAUCGCCACAGCUUCAUCGUCACAGCGUCAGAUAGAGGGGUCCCUCCACUGAUGAGUGAAACCACAGUCAUAGUAAAUGUAGUUGAUAGCAAUGACAAUCCCCCUGUAUUCGAAUCCUCCACUUACUUCACCCCUGUAACCAAGAGCGUCAAGGUUGGCACUAAACUCAUUCAAAUCACUGCCUGUGACAAGAAAGACUUUGGUCUGAAUUCAGAAAUCGAGUAUGCCAUAACUGGUGGAAACAGCUCCAGCAAGUUCAAGUUGGACAAGCUGACUGGAUGGGUUGGUGUGGCCUCCUCUUUGACCGCAGACACAAAUAAGGUUUACCUCAUCGAGGCCACUGCCAGAGACAAAGGCAACCCACCUCUCUUGGCUCGCACCACGAUCCGAGUGGCUGUGACUGAGGAGAACCACCACACCCCGGAGUUCUCACAGAGCCAAGUCUCGGCCACGGUUCCAGAGAGCCUGAAUGUCGGCACGGCAAUCCGCACGCUGUCUGCCCGGGACAAGGAUAAGGACAAGCAGAUGAACGGCCUCAUCACAUACAGCAUCACCACAGGCAAUGAAGAUGGCCUGUUUGCCAUCAACAGCAAAACAGGGGUGUUGUCCUUAGCGCAACCACUAGACUAUGAAACCAAGCAGAAGCAUGAGCUAAGGGUGACAGCAACCGACGGAGGCUGGAUCGCUAAAACCAGCUAUGUCUCGUUGACUGUACACGUGUCUGACGUGAACGACAACCCACCUGUCUUCAAUCCAGAUGAGUAUUUCCCAAUCAUACAAGAGAAUGUUCCCAGUGGAACCACUGUGGUUAAAAUGAAUGCCACGGACAAAGACUCCGGGCCAAAUGCCUUGAUAGCUUACGUAAUCCAGUCAUCUGACAGUGACCUUUUCAUAAUUGAUCCAAAUACUGGAGUCAUUACCACCCAGGGCUUUCUGGACUAUGAGGCCAAGCAAGUGUAUCACCUUACCGUCAAGGCUUUCAACGUGCCGGAUGAAGAACGAUGCAGCUUUGCCAAUGUUAACAUUCAGCUGAAGGGCGCCAACGAAUAUGUACCCCGUUUUGUCUCCAAGCAGUACUACUUUGAGGUCUCUGAGGCUGCACCAAAAGGCACGGUGAUUGGCGAAGUGUUUGCAAGCGAUCGUGACCUUGGAGAGGACGGCAUCGUGUAUUAUUUGAUUUUUGGAAAGAGCAGAAGGAAAGGAUUUGGCAUCAACCGAAAGACGGGGCAGAUUUACGUCACGGGGCCCCUGGACCGUGAGAAGGAGGAAAAGAUCUCGCUGCGAGUUUUGGCGAAAAACGCUGGCAGCAUCAGAGGCGCCGACAUUGACGAAGUGUUUGUCAACAUCACCAUCCUAGACGCGAAUGAUCCUCCAGUCUUCACCCAGGUGUUGUACGACGUCCAGGUGAGCGAGGGUCUCGCCCCAGGAGGCCUCGUCACGUUUGUCAGUGCAGAAGACUCGGACUCGGUGCCAAGCUGGAGCCGGUUCUCCUACUCCAUCGCCCCUGAUCAGGGCAAGAAGGCCUUCAGCAUCAACCCCCAGACGGGCCAGGUGUCUGUGGAUGCUGAGCUGGACCGGGAAACCACACCUGUGUACAACCUCACCCUCCUGGCCGUGGAUACAGGGUCCCCAUCCGCCACGGGGAGUGCGACUCUGAUCGUGACCUUGGAGGACAUCAACGACAACGGGCCCACGCUGGUGACGGUCAGCGGCGAGGUGAUGGAGAACCAGAGGGCCGGCACUCGGGUCAUGACCCUGGAAGCCACCGACCCGGACCUGGCGCCCAAUCAGGGUCCGUUCUCCUACAGCCUGCUCAACGUGGGCUCCGCCAACAACUACUUCUCCCUCAGCUCCAAGGGCGAGCUCACCACGAGCCGCGAGAUCGACCGGGAGCAAAUCAGCGACUUCUAUCUGUCUGUGGUCAUAAAGGACUCCGGCAUCCCGCAGAUGUCCUCGACCGGCACUGUCCACGUCCAAGUCAACGAUCAGAAUGACAAUCCCUCCGAGCCUCGUUCGGUGGAGAUCUACGUCCACUACUUCGGGAACAUGUUUCCAGGAGGCUCUCUGGGCGUCGUCAAGCCCCAAGAUCCAGAUGUGCAGGACACCUUCCAGUGUUCCCUCAUUCCCCCGGCGGCCAGUUUGUUCAGCAUACCUACGCGCACCUGUGACCUCAAUUCCAACCCGCGCUCGACGGACGGCACUUUCGACCUGACGGUGCGCAGCAGCGAUGGCGUUCACGGCGCCGUGAACAGCAACGCGCGCAUCUUCUUCAUGGGAUUCAACAACGCCACGGUCGACAACAGCAUCCUCAUCAGACUCAAAAGCCACGGGGUCAAAAACUUCCUGACCAACCACUACCUGAGCUUUGUCCGUAUCGCAAACUCCCAGUUGGCGGGGCUGGGCACCGGUGUCCAGCUAUACGGUGCCUUUGAGCUCAACAAUCAGACCUUCCUCAUGGCCGCGGUGAAGAGGAGCCACGGUCAGUACGUCAACCCCAGCGGCGUGGCCACGUUCUUCCAGAGCAUCCGCGACGUCCUCCAGAGACAGAGCGGCCUGCACAUCGACUCCGUGGACCACGACCCGUGCACGCACAACCCCUGCCAGAACGGCGGCAGCUGCAAGCGUCGCCUCAGCGUAGGGCCCGGCAUGAAGACGGAGGAGAGCGUGCCGGUCAUCCUGGUGUCCAACCAGCCUCUCCAGCCCUACGCCUGCAACUGCCGCCCGGGCUACGCCGGCGCUCUGUGCGAGACGGACAUCGACGAGUGCCAGCCGUCUCCCUGCCACAACGGAGGGACCUGCCACAACCUGGUGGGCGGCUUCUCCUGCUCCUGCCCGGAGGGUUUUACCGGCAUGGCCUGCGAGAGAGACGUGAACGAGUGUCUUUCCAACCCCUGCAAGAACGGAGCGCUCUGCCAGAACUACCCCGGUGGUUUCAACUGCCUCUGCAAAUCCGGAUUUUCAGGCAAAACCUGUGAUUCCAUCAUCAAUUACUGUGAGUGUAACCCAUGUUUUAAUGGUGGCUCCUGCCAGAACAGAGUGGAUGGCUAUUACUGCCAUUGUCCAUUUGGCGUGUUUGGAAAGCACUGUGAACUGAAUAGCUACGGCUUCGAGGAGCUCUCUUAUAUGGAGUUUCCAAGUCUGGACCCCAACAACAAUUACAUAUACAUUAAGUUCGCCACUCUCAUGAGUCACGCCCUGCUGAUGUACAACCACGACAACCAGACUGGAGACAAGGCCGAGUUCCUUGCCUUGGAGAUCGUGGACGGGCAGAUGCGUUUCUCUUUUAACCUUGGCAGCGGGACUUAUAAACUGAUGACCACGAUCAAGGUUUCCGACGGACAGUUCCAUACAGUCAUUGCCAGACGGACAGGGAUGGCUGCGUCCCUCACCGUGGACAUGUGUGGCGAGGACCAGGACCCGGGCUACUGUGCGGUCAGCAACGUGGCAGUGCACACCGACUGGAUCCUGGACGUGCAGCCCAACAGGCUCUCGGUGGGGGGCGUCAGGUCAAUAGAGCCCGUCCUUCAUCGCCGGGGACAGGUCGCCACCCACGACUUCGUGGGCUGCAUCAUGGAGUUCGCCGUCAACGGCCGUCCGCUGGAACCCUCGCAGGCGCUGGCGUCCCACGGCAUCCUUGACAGAUGUCCCAGACUCGAGGGCGCCUGCACUGCCAGCCCCUGCCGGCAUGGGGGCACCUGCGUGGACCACUGGUCCUGGCAGCAGUGCCAGUGUGUGGAGGGCUUCACCGGGAGCUUCUGCGAGAAGUACAUCACCGCAGACACUGCCCUGUCUCUGGACGGCACCGGGCGUCUGGACUACUCCAUGAGCCAGAGUCGGAAGCGGGACAUCUUGCUGCGGAGGGCCCUGCAGGCCUCGGGGGCCGCGUCCGGGUCGUCGGGCGGCGGCGACGCGCCCAGGGACGGCAGCCUGGAGGUGAAGUUCCGCACGCGCAACAAGAGCGGCACGCUGCUCCACGUCCAGGAGAGCAGCAACUACACCACGGUGAAGCUGAAGAACGGGAAUCUGCAGUACACCUCGGACGCGGGCGUAGCGGGAAAGGUGGAGCGGACUCUGGCCGACGUGCCGCUAUCGGACGGACAGUGGCACACCCUCGUCCUCCAGAAGAACGGAACCUCCACCUCGCUCCGCCUGGACGGUGCCCACCUCCGCGUCAUCCCGCACACCACCCAGGACUUCGGGGGGGUCAACGUCCUGACCAUGUCCGUCGGAGGCGUCCCUCCCGGUCCGGCGCAGCCCAAAUCAAGCCCAGGUUUUGAGGGCUGCUUUGCCUUCGUGAAAUACAACGGCGAGAACCUGCCGUUCAGCGGCGAGCACAGCUCGGUGGCCAUCUCCAAGUCGGACCCGUCGGUGAAGAUCGGCUGCCGCGGGCCCAACCUGUGCGAGAGCGGCCCGUGCUGGGACGGCCUGAUGUGCGUCAACCAGUGGUACACCUACCAGUGCAUGCCGCCGGGCGACUGCGCCUCCAACCCGUGCCAGAACCGGGGCAGCUGCGAGCCGGGCGGGCCGACGCGCGGCGGCUUCACCUGCGUCUGCGAGGAGCAGUACACGGGGCGCACGUGCGAGACGCUGGUGGCGUGCCUGGGCGUGCAGUGCCCGCCGGGCACCGUCUGCAAGGCGGCCACCAACGGCGGGUUCGCGUGCGCGGCGGGCGCCGCCGCCUCGGAGAUGACGCUGCCCAUCUGGGCGGUGCCCGCCAUCGUGGGCAGCUGCGCCACCGCCCUGGCGCUGGUGGUGCUCGGCCUGAUCCUGUGCAACCACUGCAGGGGCCGGCGCAACAAGAGCAAAGUGCCAAAGGAGGAGAAGAAGCCCAAGGAGAAGAAGAAGAAGAAGAAGAAGAAGGGCAGCGAGAACGUGGCCUUCGACGACCCCGACAACAUCCCGCCGUACGGCGACGACAUGACCGUGCGCAAGCAGCCCGAGGGCAACCCCAAGCCGGACAUCAUCGAGCGCGAGAACCCCUACCUGAUCUACGACGAGACGGACAUCCCGCACGGCAACGAGACGGUGCUGCCCAGCGCGCCCUGCGCCCCCUGCCCGGGCCCCGAGGCCGAGAUCGAGCACUACGACAUCGACAACGCCAGCAGCAUCGCGCCGUCCGACGCCGACAUCAUCCAGCACUACAAGCAGUUCCGCAGCCACACGCCCAAGUUCUCCAUCCAGCGCCACAGCCCGCUGGGCUUCGCCCGCCAGUCGCCCCUGCCGCUGGGCGCCAGCAGCUACUCCUACCAGCCGGCGUACGCCCAGGGCCUGCGCUCCACGCCGCUGAGCCACUCGGCGUGCCCGACGCCCAACCCGCUGUCGCGGCACAGCCCGGCGCCCUUCGCCGGCAAGCCGCCGUCCACCUUCUACCGCAGCAGCCCGGCGCGCGAGCUCCACCUGGCGCGGCGCGAGGGCAGCCCGCUGGACCUGCACAACGAGGGCGUGUUCAACUACGCCACGCGCCUGGGCCGGCGCAGCAAGAGCCCGCAGACCAUGGCGGGCCACGGCGGGUCGAGGCCCGGCAGCCGGCUGAAGCAGCCCAUCGAGCAGAUCCCCCUGGAGACGGGCCCGCCGGUGGGGCUGUCCAUCGAGGAGGUGGAGCGGCUGAACACGCCGCGGCCGCGCAACCCCAGCAUCUGCAGCGCCGACCACGGCCGCUCCUCGUCGGAGGACGAGUGCCGGCGGCCGCUGUCGCGCGUGCGCAACCCGGCCGACGGCAUCCCGGCGCCCGAGUCGUCGUCCGAGAGCGACUCGCACGACUCCUUCACCUGCUCCGAGAUGGAGUACGACCGCGAGAAGCCCGUGGCGUACGGCUCGCGCGUGCCCAAGCUCUCGCAGGUCAACGAGUCGGACGCCGACGACGAGGAGUACGGCGGGCGGCUCAAGCAGCGGCGCUACUCCAGCCGCCGGGCCGAGGGCGGACCCGCCGCCGGCGCCCAGGCGCCCCUCACCGAGCACCACCACCACACGCUGCCCCACAAACUGGGCUCGCAGGCGGGCAGCUUCAACUGGGACAACCUGCUGAACUGGGGCCCCGGCUUCGGCCACUAUGUGGACGUAUUUAAAGACCUCGCCCUGCUCCCCGAGAACGCGGCGGUGAAAGACAUUGAGAUGAACAGUGGGGACGGGUCAGUGACCAUCCUGAACGAAGGGGAGGCCGAGCAAUACGUAUGAGACUAUUUAUUCGCUCGCGCUCACACAUCCACGGAGUCUGUUCGUUCGGCUCGCAGAAAUCAAGACUGUGUCGGGUUUUGUGAGCGGGAGGAUGUUAGCAAUAAGUACGUGGACUCUCGUUUUCUUUGUUUUUGAAAUAGGACGACCUUAGAUGCAGUAAGGCAGAAAAUUCAAUAGACAGCCAGCUCUUUUGUUUGCCAGUCAACUUCACACGAUCAUUGAUCUGUCAGAUGAUGUCAACGUCCAUGUGUUCAAACAUGACAUGGUGUGCUCCAAAAAAUGAGGCCAAGUCCGAACGAUUGUCUGGACCUCUAAGAGGAUCCAUAUGCACAAAAUCAAAUUUAACUGUCACUUAUUACCAAUAUUACAGUUUGGUUUCAAAAUGUUCCUGUCACGCUCUUAACUUUUUGAGAUAAGAUAGCAAUAGAAGCAAGACGUUCAGCCGCCGAAUUCCAAGGCCAUAGCAUUACAGAAACCAAGCCCGUGUCCUCCCCAUCUGUUAUUCUUCAUAAGGAGAAGCAUGUGUUUGAUCCACAUGCACCUGUACGUAUUAAAUACACCCCUCGGUGCAAAAAUGAACACAGCGGUUAGCCAACACACUAAUCAAGUCCUGCCAAUGUUAUGUGAAAAGGAUUAGUAACUACCCCUACAUUGUUGCUUUUGUUGGGGUUUUUUUCUUAUCUGAAUGACAGGCUAAGCAUUCUUCGAGCUGAGAAUAAUUAAGAGUCUGCCUUAUAGACAUUUGAGGAGCUAUUGGAGAGUGGUGAAGUGCUCUCUUUGUUAUUGUGGUGUUGUUGUUGCUACGGGGGACUGGGGGUUGAGUUGCGUCGGCGACGGAAUCCAGCAGGCUGAAAGUGUUCACGGACUGGCCAAAGGGAAGAUUGGAGCAUGGCUUAUGGACGCCAUCCCAACAUCAAACCCACCCCACAAAAAAAAAAAAAACUAUGAAGUUGUGUACAUUUUUAUUAUUUUUAUUUUAAGAAAAUUGUGGAAGACAUUGUUCUCGGUGUUGUUGUAUGUUUUGUUUUGUUUGUUUUGUUUUGGUCCAGUAUUUUUAAAGGUGUACUGUUUCUACGUUUUUUUACUGUUUAUUAACUUAAAGUACUUAAGCAGUGUUUUUAUGGAUAUUUUCAUAUGCUGGAAAUUAUGUUCUUACUUUCAGGGAAAGUAAGACUGAAGUACUUAUUUUUUACAUUUGUUACUUAUGUAACAUCAGUAUUUUCCAUUUUUGAUAAAACUAUAACAUACUGUAUGCUUUAUACAUGUAAAAGCCAAUAACAGAAUAAAAAAAUAUUUAUUUAAAAUAUUCAUUAUUCCAUCCUAACACCACUAUGUAAAUCUGUAGAAUGUAUUGAGCCAAAUUUAACCUUAACCUUGGAAGUCCCCGAGGGUUGUCCUAAAAUAGAGACAGCUUAAGCGAAACCCUUGGGCCUUGAUAGCACUUUGGUAGUGUGGGUGGUAAGGUAUUCAAUACGCACAGAGCCCUGUGUGCAUUCCGACGAGAGUUUAAAGAAAGCCUGAACUGACUGGAACAAAACAUUUUAAAAAGGCCGUCAAGGGCCCAAAUGAAACGGAGCCACCGCGC